AUGAACGCUCAUGCAUCUGCAAACUGUUCCACUGGCAGUGAUGGAGCCCCGUCCCUUUAUGACCCAGCGUCCUGGCAACAGCCAUCCAAUCAGCCAACAGGGACUCAGUCCUUGGUAACAACAGCGUGGGCCGACCCUUCACCCAGUCAGGAUUUCGGAGGCUUGUCCACUGGCCAGUGGGAUUAUUCUGAUGGAUAUCCCAUGAUGCCAAGCGGCGGGGGUUCUGGCUUUGAGCAGCCAAUGGCUUUGCCUGAUCCAUGUAAAACAUACACGCAGCAGGGCGUGUAUGGACAAGGAAGAGCAAGACACAGGAACAGUAACGGUUUCCUGCGCAGUUACUAUAGAAACAGAGGGAGUUCUGAGGUUGUGCCUUCAGCUGACAUCGCUCAGGCUCCUGCCGCUGUAGCUGCUGCCAUGGCAACAGCCACUGCCACGGCAACUGUCGCCAUACAGGAGCACCAGACCCAAGAAAUUACCGGACAGGUCAGCGGGGCUGGACCGUACAGCACACAGUUUGUGCAUCACUCAGAUUUAGGGUAUCCUCUCGAUGUGCCUCCGUUUGGAAUGGAACCAUCCGCAGAGGCCAUGUACUCCCCUCAGGGUCAAAGGUUAACCAAGCUCCCAGGGCUGCAACGACCUCCCAGACAUCAGCAGGGUGUCAAGAGGUCAUAUGAUUCAUUCAGCGAGCCUGGCAGGCCAUCGCCUGGCUACUCUAAUUCUCUGUUGCCAGGCAACCCCAUCACUCCCAUACCUCCUGGAAACUUCGUGACAACGUACUUCUCCCCCAGUCAUCCAGUCAAACUGCCUUUUGUGCCAGAUGUCAAACCAAACAUCAACAGUUUGCAAACUGCGCCCCCUACAGGUAACCAUGGCGGCGAUGACCUGCGGCUGACCUUUCCCGUGCGCAACGGGGUGAUAAUGGAACCUUUCCGUUUGGAACACAACCUAACGAUCAGUAAACAUGGCUUCCUACUCCAGCACUCCCUCUAUAAAACACUCCAAACCAGACCCGACCUGGACCUGCAGUUUAAGUGCUUCCACCACGAAGACCGACAGAUGAACACUAACUGGCCAGCCACAAUACAGGUCAGUGUGAAUGCCACACCCCUCUCCAUUCCACAAGAUGACAAAUGGACAUCCCAUAAACCCUUUCACCUCAAGCAUCUGUGUCAGCCAGGACACAACAUCAUUCAGAUCUUUGUCUCUGCCUGCUGCUGUUCUCACCUGUUUGUCCUGCAGUUGGUCCACAGACCAUCUCUGCAGAGCGUUCUUCAGGGUCUAAUGAAGGGGAAACUGCUACCAGUUGAUCACUGCAUGACUAAAAUAAAGAUGAAUUUCAACAUUGAGGCCGUCUCAGGAGCCCAGGGGCUGAGUGGUGAAGACGGCGUGAAGCAGACAGCAGUGAAGGUGUCUCUUCAGUGUCCCAUUACGUAUCAGCCAAUCCAGAUUCCAGCACGGGGCCUUGACUGCCGCCACAUCCAGUGUUUUGAUCUUGAAUCUUACCUUCAGUUGAACUGUGAGAGAGAAACUUGGCGUUGUCCUGUUUGCAAUAAAACAACCUCAAUUGAACAACUUGAAGUGGAUCAGUACAUUUUAGCCAUUGUCGUCUACCUCCAAAAUUCUGACUAUGAAGAAAUCAGCAUAGAGGCUGGCUGUUACUGGAAACCACAGCCCAUUAAACCGGAUCUACACAUUAAAGACGAAGCAGAGGGACCUACAUUUAAACGCUGCCGCACCCUAAGCCCCGGUCACAUGAUCCCACCCAGCGUCAUGGAGAUGAUUGCAUCACUCGGCCCCGCCCUCCCGCCAUACUCUUCCCUGCCAGCAGGGGGUAACAUCAGCAAAGCAGAAUUUGUGGCAGACGAACUGCUCCCAUUUCUCAACUCUAUGGAAGAUCCGAACAGCGGCAGCAGCGUUGACCUCCUUGCCCUCUUUGAGAGGAACUGA